AUGUCCACCACCACCAAAAGAAAAUCCCCCGAUGAUGCUACCGUCCAAUCCAAAGCGACCAGCUUCACCGCGCGCAAUCCCGCGUGGACCUACCUCAAGCUCCAAUUAGUCCACCAGCCAGGCACCUCCGUAUCUAUCCAAUCUGCACCGCUCGACCCCCUCACCGCGCGAACCUACCUGACUGCCGCGCUGUCGCAGUUCCUCGGUCUGACAGGGACCACCAUCUCCAUCGAUAUUCUGAAGGUGUCCCCCGAGACGGAGCAAGAGCAACCCGCGGAGAAGAUCGUCUGGAUCCGCGUCCCGCGACAGGACGCGUCGGCAGUCGUCGCAGCGGUCAGCUCGUGGAUCGGUGGGGGCUCUGGCGGCGCGGCGGGCAAUGUCGCGUGGAGGAUCCGUGCGAAAGGGAACUAUCUAGGCGCCCUGGUGCAGGGAUCGGGGAGUGACUUGUUUGUUCCGUAG